GCCUUGACUUCUCCUCAAGACAAAACCAAUCAACUCCAAAUUCUCGUUUGAACCUUGAUCUACACACCGACCUCCACUUGCAUCCAACCACCCUCGGUAGUCCCACAAGCUUCCAAAUUCAAUUUUCCCCUUGCAUAUAACUACAAUUUGAAGUCCCAUAAGUUUUCACUUUUACCUCUUCAAACCUCAGAAUGCCUUCAGCCCUCUUGAAGAUCCUUGCACCCAACUACACUAGGAAUAUAUAUUAGCAAGCACAUUCAUACUUGGUUACAUAGUUUGGUUAGGUUAAUUUUUGAGGUAUUUUGUUUCAUGUUUGGCAUGCUUUAUUCUUAUAUAGAGGGAUAUAUUGUGUCUCUGAAAAUUGCAAGUGAGUAUGGAUAUGGAGAAAGAGAUGCAAGACAUUGAGGCUCAAUCCACUUACAAAACUACAUUGCAGAAGGAAGCAUCUAAAAUCUUCCACAAGAGAAAUCCUCCAGUAACUUUGAAGUUCCAUGAUGUUGUAUAUAAAAUCAACAAGACCAAAAAGUGGAAAUUACUUGAGAGAAAAACCAAGGUAGAAGAGAAAGUAAUACUGAAUGGAGUUACAGGAAUGGUUCGGCCGGGUGAGAUUCUUGCCAUUUUAGGUCCAUCUGGAAGUGGUAAAACAACUCUCCUAACAGCACUAGGAGGAAGACUAGGAGGAAAACUCUCUGGAACAAUAACUUACAAUGGCAAAAUCUUUUCAAAUUCGAUGAAGAAGAGCAUUGGAUUUGUUACACAAGAGGAUAUUCUCUAUCCUCACUUGACUGUUACAGAAACUCUAGUUUUCACUUCCCUUCUAAGAUUGCCUAAUAGUUUCACCGAAAAAGAGAAAAUUGAGCUUGCGAAAUCUGUCAUGGCUCUACUUGGUUUAACAAAAUGUAAAGAUAGCAUCAUUGGAAAACCAAUGUUGAGAGGGGUUUCUGGAGGGGAAAGAAAAAGGGUAAGCAUAGGACAAGAGAUGCUUAUAAAUCCAAGUUUGUUGUUUUUAGAUGAACCUACUUCGGGAUUAGAUUCAACAACGGCGCAGAAAAUCGUGUUCAAUUUAUGGGAGCUUGCAAGCGGAGGAAGAACAUUUGUGAUGACAAUACAUCAACCUUCAAGUAGGAUAUAUAAUAUGUUUCACACUGUUUUGAUUUUAUCAGAAGGAGUUCCUUUGUAUUAUGGAAAGGGUUCUGAAGCUAUGGAAUAUUUCUCUGGUAUUGGAUAUGAACCUGAAAUUGCCAUGAGCCCAUCUGAUUUCCUUUUGGAUCUUGCAAAUGGAGUUUACACUGAUCAAUCAAACGAGGAUCAUGCCUUAAAUAAGAACGAAUUGAUUUCUGCAUAUAAGAACUACUUUGAUGCCAAAUGGAAGCCAAUAAUACUUGAUGAAAAUCCCGACAACGGUGAAAUCCAGAGUGGAUUUGAAGACAGCGGCUUUGGGAAAUGGUCUACUAGUUGGUCGCAGCAAUUCAUUGUGCUGUUAAAAAGAGACCUGAAAGAGAGAAAACAUGAACCAUUCUCCGUCCUGCGAAUUUCUAAGAUCGUUGUGAUUGCCCUUCUUACAGGACUACUUUGGUAUAAGUCUAGUGUUUCGCACUUGCAGGAUCAGAUUGGCCUUCUAUUCUUCAUUAAUAGCUUCUGGGCUGUGGUACCUUUCUACAAAGCAAUAUUCACUUUCCCUCAAGAGGCAACUAUGCUGGAAAAAGAAAGAUCUUCCGGAAUGUAUAGACUCUCAUCAUACUUCAUGUCAAGGAUGAUAGUUGACCUUCCAAUGGAGCUUAUUCUUCCCACCAUAUAUAUUAUCAUAAUAUAUUUUAUGACAGGGCUGAAACCUAAUGUGAUCAACUUCUUAUACACUUUGUUUAGCCUCUUACUCAAUGUUUUAGUUUCACAAGGACUAGGCCUAGCCAUUGGUGCUAUUAUUAUGGAACAAAAAUCGGCAAUCACGCUUGGCUCAAUCAUCUUGCUUAGUUUUGUGCUGGUUGUUGGAUUCUAUGUUCAACAUGUUCCAAAAUUUAUAGCAUGGAUCAAGUACAUUUCCAUCACAUACUAUAUAUACAAGCUCGCUUUAGGGUCUCAGUAUGACAUUAAUGACACAUACCCAUGUUCUAAUGGGAAGUGUUUGAUUGCAGAGUUUCCAUUGAUAAGGCAAAUGGGAGAACUAAAUCUGCAAGGGCAGCUCAUGGCUGUAUUUCUUCUAUUCAUAAUGCUAAUAGGUUAUAGACUUAUGGCUUAUUUUGCUCUUAUGAGGAUUGGGGUGACAAAGAAGAUUUCUAUCUGACUCUAGUAUAAGCUAUAGUAACUAUUAGAAUUUGAAUCUUCUCUAAAGUACUUGAAGUUGUAAUAUGUCUAUUAAGUUUGUAUUCAAGUGGUGUGGAUGUGUGGUUAGUAGAGUGGGUAAAAAGUAACCAUGGUUACUGCUUUGUGUAGAUUUACUGCAGAUGUUUAUUUCUGUCCAACAAGUACUAUAUAUAUGUUUUCUAGUAUGUGUUUGGUUGGGGUAAUGCAGAAACCUUUCGCUCUCCCAUUUUUUCUACUA